GAAUGCCAUUCAUUAAGGACGUAUUCUUAUGAUUCGCUUUUCUGCAAAAUCAUGUGGCAAUAAAAUUUGUAGAAUCAUUUUUUUUUACUUAAGCCAAACAGGUAUUACACUUUUUUCCGAGUUUCGCUUCAAGAAUUAAAGGUUAAAGAAUGUUUUUGAAACGAACCAUCACUACCGGUAAUCUGUUUUUGUUAUUAAACAUAUGUCUAUUUUUAUUGAUCAAUCAUGUUUGGUGUGGUGUAAAAUCAUCAUCUUCAUCACAAGAAGAUUCUAUAAAUAGUAACAAAAUCAAUAAUAAUAAUGAUGAUGAAUUUGCCGAAUUUGAAGAGCUAGAUGAUGAUGAUGAUGCUAAUAAUGAUGAAUAUGUUCGUCCAAUAUCAUCGACACCGAUGUCGGUAGAAAAACCGUCGGAUAAAUCAUCGAAUCAAGUGCCUGAACAAUCCAAAUCUUUUAGCACUCAAGAUUCUGAUCCGGAUUCGAUGAUUAUCGAAGAAGAUGAUGAAGAUGAAUUCGAAACUGUUCGCGAGGAAAUUGAUGAUGAAAAACCGUUAAAUUAUGAUGAACCGAAAAAAGAUGGUAUUCAAUUUACAAAAAUACCAUUACAUUUACGUACAAGUUGGGAAAGUUAUUAUAUAGAAUUUAUCUGUAUAUUUGCAUUGGCCAUUUAUUUUCUAAAUUAUAUGGCCGGUCGAAGUCGUAACAUAAAAUUAGCCAACACUUGGUUCGAAAAGAAUAAAGAUAUUUUGGAAUAUAAUUUUGCAUUGGUCGGUGAUGAUCUGAAACAAAAAAUCCAGGAACCUGGCCUACUAAAAGAAACUGAAAAUGUUUAUACGCUAUGGUGUUCCGGACGAACAUUAAUCGAUGGAAUGUUGAUCGAAAUACGUUUACAAAAACGUCAGGAUCUAUUUUCAACAAUCGUCAGUUAUUUUAAACCGAUCAAUGAUAAAAUCUUGAUCAAAGCAUUUCUAAGUGCUGAUUCAAUGGAUAAUUUUGUCUUCUGUAUUGCUCAGCGUAAAAUUGCACCGAAAUUAUCGAAAGAAAUGAAUGAUCUUGCAACAUAUUGUCCUGAACGAAAAAAUCCGGAAAAAUAUGGCAUUACAAGUGAUAAUUACCUUUUAUUGAAUGAAAUUGGUGAAGCAGCAUGUUUUAUUUUGGAUUCAAAAAUAGUAUCAUUAUUGGAUAAAAAUGAUGAUAUUAUUGAAUUCAUUCAUAUUUCUGAUCAAUUUUCCGGUGUUCGUAAUGAUGAAACACAAUCGAUGGCUACGAAAUUACCUGAAGUUAAAAAGAUGUUAAUCAUUUCUGUGAAUUUACCAUCAACAAUUUCUUCGCCAAAUAUGGAUGAAUUGGAUCGUUUAAAACCAAUAUUACAGAUGGCAUUCUAUUUGGUGGAUAAACUUAAACGUUUUCGUUUAAGUCGUGAAAAAAAAGUAAAAUCCGAUCGUAGUCGACAGAAAAUUGAGAAAUUAUUUUUACAAUCUACUCAUCAACAACGACAAGAAGCAGCACAAAUGAAACGUGAAGAAAAACGACGUGCCGAAAAGGAGAAAAUGUUACAGGAAAUGGAUCCGGAAAAACAACGUAAAUGGGAAGAAAAAGAAUAUAAACGUGAAAUGAAGAAAAAGAUACCGAAAAUGAAACAACUUAAAGUGAAAGCAAUGUGAAUAAUCAUAAUAAUACAAAAAAACGUUGAAAAUAUUACACAUAAAAUUAGAAAUCUUAAUGAUUGUAAAUUUUUUUUUGUUUGUUUUGAAAAUUCUCAUUAUUCAACAACGAUAUUUAUGUACGGUGUCACACAAACGAGUUUCCUUUUAAAGGAAUUAUAUUCUUUUUUUAUUGUUGUUAUUUGAUGAUAUUGAUCAAUUAUUUCACAUAAAAAACAAUUACAAUCGAUUAAUCACGAUAAUAAUGAUGAUGAUGUAUUAUAAUAUGUAAUGAUCAUUAAAAACGCAAUGUAAAAUUGUAUUUUGCAAACAAAAACAGUCCAUUAUCAUUAUUAUGGACAGGCUCAAGGUGCGCAAUUCGAAGAAUUUUUGUCUCUGCUAAAAUAUUCGAAUUCCUUUGUUCUUUGUUCUUCCACACAUUUCGUUUGUA